AUGAAAGAUGACGAAUCGGUGACAUUUGUUCAAAGAACGAUUGGACUGGCAAAGAAAGACAUUCUUAGGAAUGUAUUGCUCUGGUUCACUUGUGCCGUAUAUUUCUUUUACCAGUGGGGUAUUGAAACACCGCAGGCAGAACUGAAUGAUCUGGACCAACCAGAACAGUUAGGUUUCGAUGACAACUUAACAAAGUCACUAUUGUUCGGUUUAAGUUCAACCUUUGGUUUGGCACUGGGAAUGUUUCUGGCAUGGAUGUUCAAGAAAGUAGCAUAUCACGAGAAAAGUUGGUUCCAUGUGCAAACAUUAAAAGCUGACUUUAUGAAUAUCGUACUUGGUAUUUUAGUGAUGGCAGCGGCUUCAAUGGGUAUUGGUUGCCUUAUUGCACCUAACGCAGACACAUUUGGCUACUUCUUCCCAUUUGGUCUAAUGUUUGCAACUUUCUUUGCAUUUUGCGAAGGGUUGAGAGACGAUGCAAUCCCAAAAGAAUUUGGAAUGGAAAAUGUACGAAUUGUUGAAGGACUAAUACUGAUGUUUGUAGGACUUGGAGGAAUCAUAACACAUGAAGUCGGAGAUGCGAUAGCCGACGAAAACGAGGACGACUGGAAGAAAUUAUUCCGUUAUGGCGGUGGUAUGUUGCUGUUGUCAUCGAUUGUGACAGCUCUUGUCUUGUAUCUGAAACAAAGCAAAACAUUGGACAAAAUACAAUCUAAAAUCGAUGCAAACACUGUCGUCCCAUUAAAAUCAAACGUCAUAAACGUCCCAGCGAAUGGAAAACCAGAACUAAAGAUGCAAAGCCAAGACAGGAUUAGUGGCGUAAAUAAUCAAAAUAAUACUCGUCAAAGGAAUGGUAACGAUGACUCUUCAUCCAAGCAGGAACAUAAUGUUACCCGAAUACAUAGCUCACGAUCUAAUAAGCAAAGGAAUGCUCCACCUUCUUUGAACAUUGGAUACACCCAGUCUUAUCAGCAACAGGGCGUGUCUCCGACCGUUCGCAGCAAUGACACCAAACCAUAUAAGCUUCCGGGGGUACCAUCGACUGUUCAGAGUGAGGAUUUUAAAAGGAAUCAACAUUCUAAGGAGGGGCUAUUGUCUAAUCCAAGUGGUGGUUUCAAAAGUAAUCAGCAGCCUGGAGUGCCAUCUUCUGAUCAGAGUGGUGGUUUCAAAAGUAAUCAGCAGCCUAGAGAGCCAUCGCCUGAUCAGAGUGGUGGUUUUAAAAGUAAUCAGCAGCCCGGAGGGCCAUCGUCUGCUCAGAGUGGUGGUUUUAAAGGGAAUCAGCUUUCUAAGGAGGGGCCAUUGUCUAAUCCGAGUGGUGGUUUUAAAAGUAAUCAGCAGCCUAGAGAACCAUCGCCUGAUCAGAGUGGAGGUUUUAAAAGUAAUCAGCAUUCUAAGGAGGUGCCAUUGUCUAAUCCGAGUGGUGAUUUUAAAAGUAAUCAGCAGCCUGGAGAGCCAUCUUCUGAUCAGAGUGGUUGUUUUAAAAGUAAUCAGCAGCCUAGAGAGCCAUCGCCUGAUCAGAGUGAUAGUUUCAAAAGUAAUCAGCAGCCUGGAGAGCCAUCGCUUGAUCAGAGUGGUGGUUUUAAAAGUAAUCAGCAGCCUAGAGAGCCAUCGCCUGAUCAGAGUGGUGUAUUUAAAAGUAAUCAGCAGCCUGGAGAGCCAUCCCCUGAUCAGAGUGGUGGUUUUAAAAGUAAACAGCAGCAUGGAGAACCAUCGCCUGAUCAGACUGGUAGUUUUAAAAGUAAUCAACAGCCUAGAGAGCCAUCGCCUGAUCAGAGUGGUGGUUUUAAAAGUAAUCAACAGCCUAGAGAGCCAUCGCCUGAUCAGAGCGGUUGUUUUAAAAGUAAUCUGCAGCCUGGAGAGCCAUCGUCUGAUCAGAGUGGUAGUUAUAAAAGUAAUCAGCAGCCUGGAGAGCCAUCGCCUGAUCAGAGUGGUAGUUUUAAAAGUAAUCAGCAGCCUAGAGAGCCAUCGCCUGAUCAGAGUGGUAGUUUUAAAAGUAAUCAACAGCCUGGAGAGCCAUCGCCUGAUCAGAGUGGUGGUUUUAAAAGUAAUCAGCAGCCCGAAGGGCCAUUGUCUGAUCAGAGUGGCGGUUUUAAAAGUAAUCAGCAGCCUGGAGAGCCAUCGCCUGAUCAGAGUGGUAGUUUUAAAAGUAAUCAGCAGCCUGGAGAGCCAUCGCCUGAUCAGAGUGGUGGUUUUAAAAGUAAUCAGCAGCCUAGAGAGCCAUCGCCUGAUCAGAGUGGUAGUUUUAAAAGUAAUCAGCAGCCUAGAGAGCCACCGUCUGAUCAGAGUGGUGGUUUUAAAAGUAAUCACUAGCCCGAAGGGCCAUUGUCUGAUCAGAGUGGUGUAUUUCAACCUUACCAGCAACGGGGAGUACCAUUGGCUGAUCAUAAUGAUGUAUCACAACCUGAGCAGCGCCCAGGUUUGUCCUCGUUAGAUCAAAUUGGUGUAUUCCAUCAUUAGCAGCAACGGGAAGUUCCAUCGCCUGAUCAGAAUGGUGUAUCCAAUCCGGAUCAGCCCCCGAAUGUGACAUCAUUAGACCAGAGUGGUGACUUUCAUCUUUUUCAAGUGCUGCAGUGAGUACUGUCCCUGCCAUAUUAGUAACAACGGAGAAUGCCACAGACAAUUUCGUUAGAACAAAAUACAUGUAUAUCAGUCCAAAGUUUAGUUACCUAUUUAUGAUCUGUUAAUUUAAUGUAUUUGAACCUAGUUAAAUAAGUGUGAUAAUGCAGUUUGACCUAAUGAUCAAAAAUUUAGAUUAGGACUUCAAAAUUAAUUACAAUGGGUAUUUUUCUUACGAAUCCUGAUUUCUCUUUACAAUAUUCCAUAUUCACUUUUAGGUAAACGAUAAGUGUUCCCUUGCCUAUUUUACUAUGUGACUCCUAGAAUUGUAUUAUUUAUAUGCUCAUAUUCCUCUAGAUCGAAAACCGUUGUCAAUACAAGGAUACAAGUGACAUUCACAACUGACCCGAAAAUAAGAGUUUGUUUUGCUAACAACCAUCAUAAAAAUACUUCACAACUUGAUGAUGAAGGUUUCAAGUUUUAUGUUAAUUUACACGCCUGGACAAACAUCUCUUGUGAAAGCUAUAGGUAAAAUACUUUCAAGUAUUUGAUCAGAAAUAUGAAGGUUCAAAACUGAAUUAAAACUGAAAAUUUCUUUUCAAGAUAAAUACACCCUUCGCAAUUAUUUCGUGUGAUGUAUUUUCGUUUACAAGCUAUAUGUUUUGGUUUUGCGCACGUACGCAUUUGCUUCCUGGUGGAAAUCUUUGAUAUAUUUU